AUGAGCGACUCUCGAGAUUUGCGGCGCAUGCCGCGAGGCGAGCGAUGCCCCGAAUGCGGGAGCCAGAGAUAUUAUCUCCAGGAUGGUAUGCGGUACUGCGCCCGUGGACAUCAAGUUGAGGGAUUCAUCCAAUUUGAUGUUGGCGAUGAAGUGGAAGCUGGCAUGAUGGGGACGGUUUCCAAGAAGCAAAGAGCCGUCAAGGACAAGGAAAAGCGACAACUUACAGGCCAGGCUGGAAAACUGCUAUACCUUGAAGCCCUCCAACUGCUGCUGCGCAAGCAAAUUCUAUGGCUCAUAACAGAACGGGGACACGUGGGUGAACUAGAGACUGUCGUCCGCGACUUGUGGGAUUUUCGCAUUCGCGGCGCGACAGCGCUAGGGCAGGGCGCAGCUUCGGGUGCGGCCUCAGACGACAUCUUGGAGAUCUUCAGCUCCCAGACGACUGUCGCUGAGCCUGCGCAGUUGUGGAUUUCGAAAUCGAAAGCGCAAGAUUGGAGCGCUGAUCGUGGUCUCAGCUGGCCGAUGCCAAGCAUAAGUGACACCCUCGCGUUGUGCUACUUAGGAUGCUAUCUCCUGAGGAUACCAACUCGCCUAGGAGAGCUCAUCAAGUGGGCGAAUGACUUUCAGUUUCCAUAUCGACAUACUUUUCAGCAACUUCCAACCGAGAUGCAAGAGCGAAUGCCGUCCAUCUACGUAAAGGUAUUGAAGAUACCAAUACGAUUGCCUUUAGAGGGUGCCCAAGCAUACUCGGCUGUUAUGGAUUUGGCGUGUUCAUACCAUCUCAACUACAACAUGCUUUUCCCUGACCUGAAUUACAUGCCACUCUUGGUCCAAUAUGCCAAGUUGCUGGCACUACCAGUUGAAUCUAUCAUUGCUGUCCGGAGAAUCUGCAAUGUCCUCGUGCAGAUUUUCGUGAAGACCCUGACGGGCAAGACCAUCACCCUUGAGGUCGAGUCCUCGGACACCAUCGACAAUGUCAAGUCCAAGAUCCAGGAUAAGGAGGGAAUUCCUCCUGACCAGCAGCGUCUGAUCUUUGCUGGCAAGCAGCUCGAGGAUGGCCGCACUCUGUCCGACUACAACAUCCAGAAGGAGUCUACCCUCCACCUGGUCCUCCGCCUCCGCGGUGGUAUCAUUGAGCCCUCCCUGAAGGCUCUGGCCUCCAAGUUCAACUGUGAGAAGAUGAUCUGCCGCAAGUGCUACGCUCGUCUCCCACCUCGUGCCACCAACUGCCGCAAGCGCAAGUGCGGCCACACCAACCAGCUCCGCCCCAAGAAGAAGCUCAAAUAG